AAUAUAUUGAUAUUGAUACCAUCUCUCACUCCUUAGUCAAAAUUUUACACUUUUUCUAAAAAUUCCAUCAACAAAAUGUACGGCCGAUCACAUUUUCCGGUGCUCUUCGUCAUCAUCAUCUCCGCCGUCAUCUUCUAUUCUUCACCACCGGUUGCAGCUCGAUCGUCGUCAUCAUCAUUCUCCGUUGCCUUAGAAACCCUUCAAAAGCAUAUCAAUUAUGAGUUUCAAAACAUUGGACUUCUACGCCGUGCUAUGACACACUCAUCUUACUCCGAGGAAAACAACAAAGCAUUUAGUGUUUUAGGUGAGAGUAUAAUUGAAACAACUGUUGCGCUUAGAUUGUUGGUUAAAGAUGUAGAUAUAACGGCAAAGGAUUUAAAUGAGAGGAUAUCAGAGGUAUCAAAAGUGGAGACGUCGUGUGCUGUGGAUGGAAUGAGGUUAGGGUUGCAGAAUGUGGUUAGGGUUUCUUCGAGUACUGAUUCGAGUACAUCUUCAAUUGUUUGUGGUGCUUUUAGGGCCAUUUUUGGUGCUAUUGCUCUUGAUACUGGGAAGUCUGAUGAUGCUGGUAAUGUGUUUUGGGCAGUUCAUGGUGGUGCUGGAAGCGUGCUUUCAGUGUAAGGGCUAGUUACACUUGUUAUCUGUUUAUCUAUUGUAAAUUGUUGUUGAACGAGUACUUGUACUGAGCUAGGUAUUUAGUGGUUUCUGAAGUCUUUUAACGCACUGUUAGCAUGAUUCGAGAUACUAUGUGAUAUAUCUGAUUCUCGGGUUGUUUCUUUGUUAA